UUCGCCGUCUAGCCGCAGUGCCCGCACCCCCCACUGCCGCCGCCGGCUCGCCGCAGUCCCCGCUUCCGCCGCCGGUCCGCCAAUCAUGGCACCACCGCCAUAUGAGUUUCCGGCGCCUCGUCUCCCCUGCCUUCCCCUCCCCUUCCAGGCGACCAUAGCAAGCGGCCGGCACCUCAUCGCGCCGUCGCGGCCACCCUCCCCUAAUUUCCCCCGCCUGUCGCGCUCGCCGUCGGUACGUGCUCGUCCCACCCACCCGAGUUGACAAAUCGGAUGCUGCCUGAUAAUUUUUUUCCUCUGAAGCGACGGAGGCCGCCUGAUAAGGGGACAGUGUGCCCCCACAUCGCCGGAGCUCCAUCUGACGGUAACCCGUUCCUCAGCAGUUGGCACGCACCUUUCGUCCAACAUGUACUUCCCAAGCUUCCUGCCGAAGAGCGGCGAGUCGUCAACGAUGCUGAGAUCUGGACAUUAAUUUCUGCGCCAUCCUCUUGCAGUGUUGUCAGUUUGUCUGAUGGCGCGGCUGUGUGAGAUCCAAGUCCCCGGACUAUUGCUACCAUGGCACAUUUAUGCCGACGAGGACUGCGAUGGGACUCCGGUCACCCGAUGGUUGCGAGUCGACCUCGGUUUCUUGGUGUGUUUGAUACAGUCAACACAUCCAUGGCUUUGACAUGGAGCAUUUCUUGGUCCUUUAAUUCCCUACAAAGACCAGCAGCUAGCAGUUUCAUAUCUCCAAGCAAGCAAAUCAAUCCAGAGCAUUUCUUCCAUACCAUCUCCUUGCCUUGCCCUUCACAAGCAUAUGCGAAAGAAGGCUUAAUGGGCAUGACUCUGCUCCCAUUUUUUAUCCUCCUAUCAUUGAUUUGUCUCUCCAAAUCCGAUGACCGCCUAACACCUGCGAAGCCACUCUUGCCUGGCGACAAGCUCGUCUCCAACAAUGGCAUCUUUGCUCUUGGUUUCUUCUCCCCAGAAAACUCCACCGCAAACUCAUAUGUAGGCAUAUGGUACCACGCCAUCCCGGAGCGGACAUAUGUGUGGGUGGCCAACCGCGACAACCCAAUCGGCAGCGGUUUGUCCGGGAAGUUGGUUCUCACCAACAGCUCUGACCUUGUCUUGUCCGAUUCCAAGGGCCGUAUCCUUUGGAGGACGACGAACAAUGUCACCGCCGGGGGUGAUGGGGCUGUGGCGCUGCUGCUCGAGGCGGGGAACUUUGUCGUGCAGUUGCAGAAUUUCACGCAGAUAUGGCAGAGCUAUGAUCACCCGACUGACACCAUCCUCCCCGGCUUCAAGUUAUGGGCGAACUACAAGACCCACACAGCAGUGCGCAUCGUUGCUUGGAAGGGUCCUCAAGACCCAUCCACCGGGAAAUUCCUCCUCAGUCGUGACCCCAGCACGGGCCUCCAGAUUCUCACCUGGCGCGGGACAAGCAAAUACUGGCGCAGCGGACUGUGGAACGGUGCAGAAGCCUCGGACAAGAAUGGAUACAUGUGGUCCCAGAACGUCGAUGACGGAGAGACCAUCUACUCGACGUACAACACGGGCAACAGCUCCUCCCGGAGAUCCCACUGGAAGCUGGACUACACAGGCGACUUGAUGCUCAGGAUCUGGAGUGGCCAGUCAUGGGUGGUUCUGUUCAAGCGCCCAGAUGAUGGCUGUCGCCACUACGGCUCAUGUGGUCCGUUUGGCUACUGCGACAUGACCACCAGGGAGUGCAGGUGCCUUGAUGGGUUCGAGCCGGCGGACGGCUUCAGUGCCAACUUCUCCAGAGGAUGCGUGAGAAAGGAGGCACUGACAUGUCGUGGCUACCAUUUCUCGGCCUUGUCUGGGAUGAAGGUGCCUGAUAAGUUUGUGCAUGUGAGGAGCGGAAGCUUCGAGGAGUGCACUGCUCAGUGUGAGCGUAACUGCUCCUGCACUGCGUACGCUUACGCCAACUUGAGCAGUAUUGUCGCAACUGGUGGCCCAUCAAGAUGCUUGGUCUGGACAGGGGAGCUUGUUGACUUAGAGAAGACAGGCGUACUUGGUGGCAACCUGUACCUUCGGCUUGCUGGCUCUCCUGGACACAACAGGAAGAGUGGUAUCGGUGUGUUAUUAAAGAUUGCACUCCCAGUUAUAUCGUUCCUGCUGAUAUUCUCAUGCAUAUAUCUUGUCUGCAUAUGCAAGCGAAGAGGGAUACAAGUAAACAAAGGUAGCCGGAAAAGACCGGCCCCGGAGGACUCGAGCACUUCGCAAGAAGUUUGGGAUCAAAAUUUGGAAUUGCGUUCUAUUAGGUUCAAAGACAUCGCUGCUGCAACAAACAGUUUCCAUGACACGAACAUAAUUGGAAAAGGAGGUUUCGGCAAAGUUUAUAAGGGAACACUAGAAGAUGGAAAGGAAGUUGCUGUUAAAAGGCUUAGCAAGGGUUCUGAGCAGGGUAUAGAGCAUUUUAUAAAUGAAGUGGUUCUUAUUGCCAAAUUGCAGCACAAGAAUCUAGUUAGACUUCUUGGCUGUUGUAUUCAUGAGGAUGAGAAAUUGCUUAUUUAUGAAUACUUGCCCAACAAAAGCCUAGACAAGUUUCUUUUUGAUACUGCAAGGAAGUCUAUACUUGAUUGGCCAAGAAGGUUCAACAUAAUCAAAGGGGUGGCUAGAGGACUUAUGUAUCUCCACCAAGAUUCGAGAACGACGAUAAUCCAUAGAGACCUCAAACCAAGCAACAUCCUGCUAGAUAUGGAGAUGAACCCAAAAAUAUCAGAUUUUGGAAUGGCAAGGAUCUUUGGAGGCAACGAGCAACAGGAAAGUACCAGACGAGUUGUUGGGACUUACGGGUACAUGUCGCCUGAGUAUGCGAUGGAGGGCAUUUUCUCCGUCAAGUCUGACAGCUACAGCUUUGGUAUUUUGCUACUAGAGAUUGUAAGUGGAUUAAAGAUCAGCUCACCUCAUCAUCUUGUGAUGGACUUUUCAAACCUCAUAUCCUAUGCUUGGAACCUGUGGGCAGAUGGAAGAGUGAGGGAUUUCGUGGACGCGACCAUCAAGGGGAGCUAUUCGCUUGACCAAGUGUCCAAAUGCAUCCAUGUUGGGCUCUUGUGUGUCCAGGACAGUCCCAGUGCUAGGCCACACAUGUCAUCGGUCGUUUCCAUGCUCGACAGUGAAGCCAUUCCUCGUGCACCGCCAGAGCAACCUGGGUAUUUUGCACGGAUAAACUACGAAACCAGUGAAAUGAUGGAAGACACAGAGAACUCUGCCAAUGGCGUGAGCCUUACGGCGCUAGAAGGACGAUCUCCCACGGUUAAUGUCCGUAGCUGUUUCCUACCAUUCAGCCUGAAACUACAUCUGGCAAACUGGUUGCUGCUGUGGUCAGCACAAACUGGUUACUCUGCUCUUCUUUCACAAGCAUAUGUGAAAGAAAGUCUUGGUGGCAUGACUCCCCGUGUCAUUUUUACCCUCCUAUUGUUGGUAUGUUUCUGUGAAUCCGAUGACCGCCUAACACCCGCCAAGCCACUCUUGCCGGGCGACAAGCUCGUCUCCAACAAUGGCAUCUUCGCUCUAGGCUUCUUCUCCCUGGACCCGGAGAACUCCACCGCCUCAAACUCAUAUGUAGGCAUAUGGUACCAUGACAUUCCAGAGCGGACAUAUGUGUGGGUGGCCAACCGCGACAACCCGAUCAAAAGCGGUUUGUCGGGGAAGUUGGUUCUGACCAACACCUCUGAUCUCGUCUUGUCAGACUCCAGAGGCCGUGUCCUCUGGAGGACGACGAACAACAUCACCACCGGUGGUGAUGGGGCUGUGGCGCUGCUGCUUGAGGCGGGGAACUUUGUCCUGCAGUCUCGGAAUUUCACGCAGAUAUGGCAGAGCUAUGAUCACCCAACCGACACCAUCCUCCCCAGCUUCAAGUUAUGGGCAAACUACAAGACCCACACAGCAGUGCGCAUCGUCGCCUGGAAGGGUCCUCAGGACCCGUCCACCGGGAAAUUCAUGCUCAGUCGUGACCCCGGCACGGGCCUCCAGAUCCUCACCUUGCAUGGGACUAGCAAGUACUGGCGCAGCGGGCUGUGGAACGGUGCAGAAGCCUCGGACAAGAACGGGUUCAUGUGGUCCCAGAUCGUCGACGACGGGGAGACCAUCUACUCGGCGUACAAUACGGGUAACAGCUCCGCCCGGAGGUCGCACUGGAAGCUGGACUACAAUGGCGACUUGAUGCUCAGGAUCUGGAGUGGCCAUUCAUGGAUGCCUCUGUUCAAACGCCCGGAUGAUGGCUGCCGCCGCUACGGUACGUGUGGUCCGUUCGGCUACUGCGACAUGUUCGACAAGAUCUGCAGGUGCCUGGAUGGGUUCCAGCCAGCAGACGGCUUCGGCGCCAGCCCCUCCAGAGGAUGCGUGAGAAAGGAGAACCUGACAUGCCGCGGUGACCAUUUCUUGACUUUGCCGGAGAUGAAGGUGCCUGACAAGUUUGUGUAUGUGAGGAACAGAAGCUUCGAGGAGUGCACUGCUGACUGUGAGCGCGAUUGCUCCUGCACCGCGUAUGCUUACACCAACCUGAGCAGUAUCGUCGCAACCGGUGGCCCAUCAAGAUGCUUGAUCUGGACAGGGGACCUUGUUGACUCUGAGAAGGCCGGUAUGCUUGGUGGCAACCUCUACAUUCGGCUUGCUGGCUCUCCUGAACUCAGUUCUGCAGUAAACAACACGAAGAGCGGUGUCGGUGUGGUAUUCAAGAUCGCACUCCCAGUUAUAUUCGUCCUGUUGUCACUCACAUGCAUAUAUUUCGUCUGCAUAUGCAAGCCAAAAGGGAUACAAGUUUACAAGGAAACCCUGAAAAAACCGGGCCUGGAACACUUGAGCACUUCGCAAGAAGUCUGGGAUCAAAAUUUGGAAUUCCGGUCUAUUAGGUUUGAAGACAUUGCCACUGCAACAAACAGUUUCCAUGACACAAACAUACUUGGAAAAGGAGGUUUUGGCAAAGUCUAUAAGGGAACACUAGAAGAUGGAAAGCAAGUUGCUGUUAAAAGGCUUAGCAAGGGUUCUGAUCAAGGAAUAGAGCAUUUUAGAAAUGAAGUGGUUCUUAUUGCCAAAUUGCAGCACAAGAAUCUAGUUAGACUCCUUGGCUGUUGUAUUCAUGAGGAUGAGAAGUUGCUUAUUUAUGAAUACCUACACAACAAAAGCCUGGACCAGUUUCUUUUUGAUGUUGCAAGGAAGUCUAUACUUGAUUGGCCAAAGAGGUUCAACAUAAUCAAAGGGGUUGCUAGAGGACUUCUGUAUCUCCACCAAGAUUCGAGAACGACUAUAAUCCAUAGAGACCUCAAGCCAAGCAACAUCCUGCUAGACGUGGAGAUGAACCCAAAAAUAUCAGAUUUUGGAAUGGCAAGGAUCUUUGGGGGCAACGAACAACAAGAAAGUACCAGACGAGUUGUUGGCACGUACGGGUACAUGUCGCCUGAGUAUGCGAUGGAGGGCAUUUUUUCCGUCAAGUCCGACACCUACAGCUUUGGUAUUUUGCUACUAGAGAUUGUAAGUGGAUUAAAGAUCAGUUCACCACAUCAUCUUGUCAUGGACUUUUCAAAUCUCAUAUCAUUUGCAUGGAACUUGUGGGCAGAUGGCAAAGUGAAGGAUUUCGUGGACCCAGCCGUCACGGAGAGCUACUCGCUUGAUGAAGUGUCCAAGUGCAUCCAUGUUGGGCUCUUGUGUGUCCAGGACAGCUCCGGUGCUAGGCCUCACAUGUCAUCUGUUGUGUCCAUGCUCGACAGUGAAGGCAUGCCUCGCGCAGCGCCGAGGCAACCUAUGUAUUUCGCGCAGAUAAAUUACGAAACCAGUGAUGCGACAGAAGACCUGGAAAACUCUGCCAAUGGCGUGAGCCUUACGGCGCUUGAAGGACGAUAACUGGCUCAUGUAAUUGUGCCAUUCCCUAUUAACUAUUAAGAUUUACUUAUAUUUGAGGAAUGUAUUCUAUUGAAGAUUUGCUCUUUCUUUUCCUUGUUGGCUAUGGCAUUAAGCCCACUUUUUGUUGGGUUGUACCGUUGACACAGGUUGAGAUUUUUUUUUUCAAAUUAAUUGAACGAUAAGCAUGGUAA